GCUCGCUGGCGCAGGCCGCGGCCAUGGCGGCUCAGCGGCAGGUGUUCCGGGAGGUGCCUGGGCCCUACCCGCACUUCUUUGCAGUGAGAGCCAAGCCUCUGAAGGAACACAGAAAGGAAGAUCUUUUCCUGGCCCAGAGGGAGAAGGAUGAGGAACUCCUGGAACAGGCCAAGCUGCUGAAGCUGUACCAGCAGUGCCGCAGCGUGCAGGAGUGGCACCAGAGGACCCAGCAGAAAUGGCUGCACUGUGCUGUGCAGAGGAAGGUGAAAGCCACAAUGCAGCAGUACCAGGCAGAGACUGAGGAGAGACGAGAGAGGCUUCGUGAGCUGCUGGAGGCAGAGGAAAGCAGGUACUUUGCUGAGAUGGAGGCACUGGAGGAGACAGUGGAGGAGAAAAAAGUGAAGAUGAGGGAGAGAGCAAAACUCCUGAGAGAGAAGAAGGAGAGAGAAAGGCAAGAACUGGUGGCUGAGAAACAAGACCAGCAAUUCAGAGAGCAGUGCGAGGAGCUCCGCGUGCAGCUGGUGAAGAAGCAUCGGAGGGAGGUGUGUGAAGACCAGCUGGCACAGUUAGCCCUGAAGGAGGAGCUGAGAAAGCAGCAGAAGAAGGAGGAGCAGAUGUUUGCAGAGCUCUGGGAGGAGGACAGGCUGGCUAAGGAGAGGCGCGAGGCAGCCGAGCUGCAGAAGGCAGCAGAGGAGAGCCAGGAGGUGCUGAGCGCACUCAGUGCCCAGGUAGCAGAGCUCAGCCUGCACAGAGAGGAGGAGAGGAAGCUGAAGGAGGAAGAGGCUCGCCUGCUGGAAGAAGAGCAGCGGCUGCUGAGGCUGGAGAACGAGCAGCUGCGGAGGGAGAGACGGCAGAGGCAGAAGGAAUGCAGGGACCUGCUGCUCAGUGCAGCACAGGAGAGGGCAAAUCGGCUCAGUGAAGAGAAGAAAGGUGAACUGGCCUUGGAGAGGAAGCUCCUGGAAGAAUCUCUUCAGGACCCCCAGAAGGAGGCUGAGGAGAAAAUGAGAAGAAAGCAAGAGCUGCUCAAGGAGCAGCAGACGUACCUGGCACACCUGGCUGAGCAGCUGGAGGAGGAGAAACGGCGACAAAAAGAAGUGGACAAGUUCAUUGAUGAAGAGAUGGCCAAAAUCUGGGCCAAGAAGGCUGAGCAGAUGAGGUUACAAAAGGAGGCUAGAAAGAAGCUACUGAAAGAUGUCCUGAACACCAGGCAGGAGCAGAUAGAGGAGAAGUUGCAGAGAAAUGCAAAGGAGCAGGAAGAGGUUGCCCAAGAGAGGAAGUUAUUAGCUGAGGUGGCUGCAGAACUUGAGCAUCAAAAGGAAGAGGAAUAUGCAAGAAAAGUAAAGGAAGCUAAAGAAUACCAAGAGCAGCUCUGGGCUCAGAUUGCCUCCCAGCAGCAAGCCCGGGAGGCUGAGGAAGAGGAGGAGCAGCGAGACUAUGAGCUGGGCCUGGCAGCAGAGAGAGCUUACCAGAAGAAGCUGCAGGAUGUCCUGCUGAGGCCUGAGAAGCCAGCAAAAAUCCACCCCUUCAGGAGACAACUCAUGUCCAGCUCCCCAGAGGAUCACUCACAGUGAUUAUUGCAGCUCCUUAAAAGCACUCUGUAGGAGUGUUCAUGACUGACCCC